CUCUGCCGCAUGUGGCCUUUGAACUCAUUGUUGUGUCGCGGGUGACGUCAGCGCCGCGUGCGGAGACGGAGCGGCGUGCGCCUGUCGAGACAAAGGCGGCGGACGGAGCGCUGAGCAGCAGAGCAGCAGCAGAGCAGCACCGCUACCAGCAGCACGGACCACCGCCGGGGCUCCGGACAGCAUGAAGAGCCACCGGCGCUCCUGACGACCUGCUUUCACUCACCGGCAAGACAGAAAAAAAAUUAGCGAGCCGCUUUUUGUGGAGGUUUUUUCCCCCUCUCCUCCGCCCCCCCUGUUAGUUAGCCACCGCCGCUAGCUGCACGGCACCUCCUCCUCCUCUUCUCCUCCUCCUCCUUCUCCUCCUCCCGGCUGCUUCUCCCUCAACUCGCCGGAGGACCUCGUCGAGAAAGGUUGGAUAAAAGGCUGAGCGAACUCCCGACACGCAGGCAUCCGUGGUCUGAUGUGAGAUCCACGGAGGGACUAUGCCGAGCCCUUUAUUCCACCCCGAGAUCAUGGACCACGACGUGGUGAUCAGCAGCCAGCACAACGGCGUGGGUCUGCCCCGCGAGACGGAGCAGGAGUCCCGGGAAGAGGAGCACCAGGAGGCGCUCCGCUUCGCCCUGGACCAGCUGUCACUCAUGGCCCUGGAUAAGGUGGACUGCGGGGGCGGCGGAGGCGGCGGGCUGGUCGACCCUCUGGACGGGACGCAGGGUCCGGGCUCCGAGAGCUGCAACGGCGUGGGUGGAGGGGGCUACGUGGACCUCCAGAUGCUGGAGCACCCCGGCGGCUCCCGGGACUCCCCGACGUCCUGCUCCCCGUCCCCGGAGUACUACGGCUCGGGCGGGUACCACAUGGCCGGAUCCCACUCCAUGCUGCACGGGGAACAAAGCUCGGUGCUGUGCAGCAGGAAGAGGAGCGUCAACAUGACCGAGUGUGUGCCCGUGCCCAGCUCCGAGCAUGUGGCCGAGAUCGUGGGGAGACAAGGCUGUAAGAUCAAGGCCCUGCGCGCCAAAACCAACACGUACAUCAAGACGCCGGUGCGCGGCGAGGACCCGGUGUUCAUCGUGACGGGGCGCCGCGAGGACGUGGAGAUGGCCAAGCGGGAGAUCGUGUCGGCGGCCGAGCACUUCUCCAUGAUCCGGGCGUCUCGCUGCAAAGCCGGCGGCCCGGGGGGAGGGGGCUCUCUCCCGGGACCGCCGCACCUUCCCGGACAGACCACCAUACAGGUCCGGGUCCCCUACAGAGUGGUGGGUCUGGUGGUGGGGCCGAAGGGGGCCACCAUCAAGCGCAUCCAGCAGCAGACCCACACCUACAUCGUGACGCCGAGCCGGGAGAAGGACCCGGUGUUCGAGGUGACCGGGAUGCCCGAGAACGUGGACCGGGCGCGGGAGGAGAUCGAGACCCACAUCACCCUGCGGACCGGGACCUUCGUCGACCUGCAGGGCGACAACGACUUCCACACCAACGGCACCGACGUGAGCCUGGAGGGCCUGGGCUCCCUGAGCGGCGGCCUCGGGGCGUCCCUGUGGUCCCGGGCCACCGGCCACCACUCCGCCCCGCCCCCUCCGCCGCCCUCCCCGCCCCCCGCCCUGCCCAUGUCCAUGCACCACUCGUCCGGCAGGAAGGCGUCGUCCUCGGUCGCCUAUCACACGCACAACGGCGGCGUCAACUCCGACGGCUUCGGCGGCGCCCGGAAGGCGGCGGAGGGCGGCAGCCCCACGAGCCCCUUCAGCACCGGCUCCAGCGCCGGCGGGGGCUUCACCUUCGGGGGCGACUCCACCCCCGGACUGCCUUCCUCAGAUGAACUGGGCUUUGAGUUCAGUGCUUCCAACAUCUGGGCGCCUUUCGUCAACGGCGGGGCGGGCAGCAAGGCGUCCGGCUCCUCCCAGCAGCAGCAGCAGCAGCCGGCGCCGGCGCCGCCGCCGCAGCAGCCUCUCCGCCGGAACAGCAGCGGCCUCAGCGGCGGCGCCAUCACUCCACGAUUGUCUCCGACUCUGCCUCAGGACGCCGGCGUGGGCCCGCUGGACCACCCGCUGGCCCGCCGCGCCCAGAGCGACCCCCUCAGCACUCUGUCGUGGCUGCAGUCCGGCGGCGCCGGCGGCGGCUCCUUCUCGGGCGCGUCCAGCUCCAGCUCCGGCGGCUCGUCCACCGGCUACUCCUCCUGCUCCGCCUCCUCGCUGCCCGGCGGCUCGCCCACCGACUCGGAGGGCGGCGGCAGCGGCGUGGGACUGAGCUCCGGCAUGCUGAGCCGGCUGAAGGGCGGGCCCGGCGCCGGCGUGGCGGCCCUGGUGGGCGUGGGCCCCGGGGUCAACAGGGACUGCUUCGUGUGUUUCGAGAGCGAGGUGACGGCGGCGCUGGUGCCCUGCGGCCACAACCUCUUCUGCAUGGAGUGCGCCGGGCAGAUCUGCCAGUCGGCCGAGCCCGAGUGCCCCGUGUGCCACACCCCCACCACGCAGUGCAUCCGCAUCUUCUCCUAAUGCCCCCGGCGCGGGGCGGAGGGCGGGGCGGCGCCAUCAGACGAUGGAAGGAUUCACACUAAGACCUUCACACACACGCGAUGGACCACAUUAAUGCAUUACAGAGAGGACGAUACUUUAAGGACGGUGACUGUCGAGGCGAGGAAUAACAGUAAUAAUAAUAAUAAUAAUAAUACUGAUGCUGAGUUGCUUUGGGAGCGGAGUGAACGGAGCCGCUCUGCUCCGUCCAGCUGAUGGAAGGAAUCUAGUGUCUUAUCUCUCUUCAGGCCUUCAUUUGGACCCGGAGCAGCUCGAGCUGCCGGUCCGUCUUCACAUUUCUUCAUUCUGCCUGCUUUCUCUCUCUCUCUCUCUCGCUCUGUCUCUGUCUCUCUCUCUCUCUCUCUCUCACAGCCUUUCCUUUUGACACUUUUGUACUUAACAGAUAUUUUUGGAUGACGCUGUCAGCGAGGCCUGCACUUUUCUACUCCUGAUUUUAAUGUCCUCGGCAGGACGCCGCCUGUCCCCGACACGAUCCCCUCUUUUCUCGAUCCGUCUCUUUUUCAUCGCCGCGCCGCCACAGUUCCUCCUUUUUUCCCCUGUGAGUUUGGAACACUUUUUAAAGGUCAGCAUGUCGUCGGGCGGCGAGCGGCGCGGCGCGGCCCAGCGGAGGGGACCCCCGGUUCGAGCCCUCCGCCGGCCGGCCAGAUGAAUUGUAAUGAAAGGCGUCUGCUCUGCGCUGGGAGCAGUUCACUUCAGUCGUCCGUCGUGUUGCGUUUGGGCUGCCUGACGUCGUCGUGUGUGUGUGUGUGUGUGUGUGAGAGUGUGUGUGAGUGUGUGUGUGCUGCUCUGCGCUCUCCUCGCUUCGCUCUCAGUCUUACAGGAAGCUGAUGCUCUCCCUCCCCCUGGUGUCUGUUACACUUAGAUCUGCUCAUUUCGUGUUUUCUACUGUUUUUUUGACUCUCGACUGUGGAGUGUGGCUGACGGGCGCGUUUUGAACCGGAGGACGCCGCGGCGCUUUCCUGAUGUCACGCGAGAAUGUCUGGCUGCGUGGAGACGGCUGCUCCUCCCUCCGUACAAUAAGAAGGGGGCGGGGCCGCCCCGGUUCCUGGAAGCUUCGGUCCCCAGCCCCUGCACUGUAACCCCGGGAAGCGGCUCUGGCUGCUCGGUCCAGGUCUUCCGCCCCGCACGGCGCCGCCGGCCCGCGCUCCUGCACUCUGUCCUGCUCUGUAUGGUUAGUCGUCGUGUGUUUUCUUAGCAUUACUGAGUAACUCCAGUGAGGCGGUUACACCCUGUUUUGUGUUCGUGUUUGUUUUUAAAUCCAGUGUGAGUUUGCGGUAACUGCCUCUCUAUAGUGUUAAUAUCGAUGCGUGUAGUUCUUUGAGGGGGGGGGGCUGCGUUGGCGUGACGGUGCACGGCGGCCCCGAGCGGCCCUUUGGAGCUCCCAGACUGACAUUAAGCCAUGACAGCCGAGUUAAAGGACACACCUGAUCCUCAAAGGGCUUCCUCCGACCGCACACACACCAUCACGUCUUCAGGCUCGCACAGUAGGGAGAACCCACUCCUCCUCUCUAUGGCAGCUACUAGCUAGGUCAUCCAGGGCUUCCAGACACUCUGUUCAAACCCCAGCAGCUGCAGAAUGUUCUUUUCCCCCUGAGCGCUCCUCCGGCGGGGAUGUGGCGGCGUGGCGCGGCGCGGCGAGCGGCUGCAGGGCUCUUCCUGUGCUGCUGCGUUCUGGUGCUCCAGCCGGUGUGACGGUCUUGCUGUUUUUGCUGUUGCCGUCCUGGUCGAGCGCAGCAGUGCACCGACUCCGACGCAGGGCCCGGCCGACGGUGCGACUCCCCACUGAAACGGACCGCCAGACAGCCAGACGUUAGUCCUCGCGCUCCCCUCGCCAGAUGCACUGUAGAACCCGCGGCCCUGCCCCCCCCCCGGCUCGUCCCCGUCCUCCUCCUGCGAAUGCGAUGACUGUUGUGAGUCUGAGGCCCAUCCUGAAGCCCUCCUCUAGAACCUGUCGGAGUUGAUGUGUUUAAAGAGUAAGUCGUGUUGUAUUUGCCGGAUGCGGCGUUGCACCGGGAUGUUUCUGGCCAUUGAGAGAAUGUUAGGGUUUAAUGUACAGUAGUUUAAUUGUUGAAAAGGUACCGAUUCUUUCCGAUCGACUGCUGAUUUCUUUCUUUUUCUUUUUCUCGUUUGAAAUCUUCUUUUCAGCCAAACGUCUCCCCUCCCCCGUUUCCUUUCUAAAGGUUUGAAAACAGGGUUUCCUGAGGCAUGCUAGCCAGCGACCUCUGACCUUUUUUGUGAUUAGAGGGGGGAUGCAAAGAGAGCCAUGCCAGUGAGGGGUGACAGACGCCCCUUAAGCCUCCGCUCUCCUAUUUUUGCUUUAACUCUCUUUGUAUGCAGAACCAAAAUGUAAGGUGUCAGCAGACCUGUGUGUAAAUACCCUGAAACAAUCAUCGGACUCGAUUGAAGAUAAGUGUAGUUUCUAAAGAACAUGUAUCAUUAUUGUAAGUUAACCAUCUGCAUGUCUUCAAGCCACCUGGCAUUAGCUAAUAAUUUUUAAGAUAAAAAAACUUUUUACACCUUUAAUUUUUUACACUUUAUUUGCUUCCUAAAUAUCCCAGAAAACAAUGUGACCCUUUUUAUUACUUCAAAUUUAUUUUUAUUUUCCAUUUUUUAUUUUCCUUAUUUCCUGUGUACUACAUAUAGGCAAUUUAUAACAAAAUGAGAAAAUUAUUGAAGAAAUUUUAAAAUUGAAAUAUAUUUUAUUUGAAAGUUUAUGGACCUUUUAACCGUGAGCCAGAAGAAUUGUAUAAUCGUAUAAUUUGAACUGACUGGACGGUUAUGAGAAAUGUAUCAAGAGUUUUAUUUUUUAUGCUUCUUUAAUAAAGUCUUGUUUUUUGGUUUCAUUUUUUUACUGUAAAAUCA